GUCGUGCCCGUCUCGAUGCCGCUGUGAGCAAGUAUUUCCACGCUAUCUUCGAGUCGUCCACUACUUGCCUUUUCUAGCUCAAUAAUCGAUGCUCAAUGUGCUGUGAGGGUACAAAGGGUGGGGGAUCUGAGGGGCCGGAGGGCCGCCCGUCCACAAGCUGUUUCCCGCCGGCUGGGCACUCCGUCUCAAAUUCAACCUCUUCACAACCUUCCAUCUCAUCUUUCUAUCAGUUUUGACCUCUAUCUUUACAAGUCACAGAAUGUUUUGAAAAUCUUACAACUGUCCAUGCCCAAGACCACACACACCACGUAGCUUGCCUCACACCACCACCAACCACCACGAUGGCGCGCUUCCGCGUCCCCUUCGCGAACCUCCCCAUCCCACCAGCCCUCCGCGUCCUCCCGGCACCAACAAUACGCAUCAUCGCCCUCCUCGUAAUAAUAAACAUCAUAAUAUGGAUCGUCGCCGGCAUCAUCCUACACUUCCACCCCUCCCUCAUCUCCCCCGCAGCCCUCUCCUACGUCCUCGGCCUCCGCCACGCCCUCGACGCAGACCACAUAUCCGCCAUCGACCUCAUGACCCGCCGCCUCAUCGCCUCCAGCCAGCGGCCCGUCACAGUGGGAACCUUCUUCUCCCUGGGCCACAGCACAAUCGUUAUCGUCACCUGCGUCGUCGUAGCUGCCACGAGCGGCGCGCUGCGGGACCGCUUCGACGGCUUCACGCGCGUGGGGAACAUAAUCGGUACAAGCGUCAGCGCGGCGUUCCUGUUGCUUCUGUGUGCAGGAAACGGGUGGGUUCUGUAUAAGCUCAUCCGGAGACUGAAAGUUGUGCUGGAGGAGGAGAGGCGGCGCGGGAUGGAGGGGUACACGCCUACCGAGGAAGACGAGGGGGACGCGGCGACGAAUCUCACGUUGGAAGGGGAAGGCUUCCUGGCGAAUGUGUUUAGAAAGGUGUUUCGUGUUGUUGACAGGCCUUGGAAGAUGUUUCCUCUGGGAAUUCUGUUCGGAUUAGGCUUUGAUACGAGUUCGGAGAUUGCUAUUCUUGGGUUGUCGAGUGUGCAUGGGGCGCAGGGAACGAGCAUCUGGCUUAUUCUCAUCUUUCCCGUCCUUUUUACAGCCGGCAUGUGCCUCCUCGACACCACGGACGGCGCCCUGAUGAUGGCCCUCUACACGUCAAAGGCCUUCUCGCGCGACCGCGUCGCUAUCCUCUACUACUCCAUCGUACUCACCGGCAUCACCGUCUUCGUCUCAGCCUUUAUCGGAAUCAUCCAGGUCCUGUCUCUCAUCGCCAAUGUCGCCGAGCCCGAAGGCAGCUUCUGGGACGGCGUCGACGCAAUCGGAGAGCACUUUGACAUCAUUGGCGGCAGCAUCUGCGGUCUCUUUGUCGUUGUCGGGCUCGGUUCGGUGGUGGUGUACCGACCUUGGAGGAGGAGCAUCGACAAGAAGAACCAGGAGAGGGCUGUGCUCGUGCCUGAAGAGGAGAGGGGGCUGGGAGCGGGUGAGGGGCCGAGUUAUGGUGCUGUUGAGCCUCGCCAGCCUAGCGUGAAGAAGGAUGCUGUGACGACUGAGAGCGAUGUGCAGGCGUAGACUUUCCGAUUCUUCUGAGUAUCCGCAUGGCGGAAGGGAUUGAUUAGACUGUAGAUGGGUUCACGCAUGUCGAGAGUCAAGAUACAAGAUCAACUACUGUAUGAUGGGUCAUUGCAUGGCAUUACAAUCUAAGGUUCUUAUAUAGAUCGACUAAUACAGGCGGCGCAUAUCCCCAAUCUUCCUAUUUGGAUGGGAAGCACUUCGUGUCUGCCAAUGUUUGCC